GUACUCUGCCGAUACUGGCUUCACUGAACCGGGCUUCUCAGUGACGUCAUACCCGAAGACUUCCGGUUCCCACUCUUGGGGUUGGACUCGCAGGUGCCGGGGCUUCCGGCUUCCAGUACUCGCUUGGCUCCUGGGAGGACAGAAAUUAUCAGCAGCCUUCAUUUGUAUCCAAAGGUCCAACUCCAUGAAACCAUUGAACUAUAUCCUGUAACACACAGAGAAAGCAGGAGAGAAUGAAAAAGCACUCAGCUAAUUGGCAUUGCCUAAGGAUCUAGGCAGUUCUUCAGACAGUCAUCAUGGGUAUCCGAGGACUAAUGAGUUUUGUGGAAGAUCAUAGUAAUGAAUUCUUCACUGAUUUGAAGUUGCGAGACACAAGAAUUAUCAUUGAUGGCUAUGCUCUUUUCCACCGGCUCUGCUUCAACUCAAACUUGGAGCUUCGGUAUGGAGGGGACUAUGAUUCCUUUGCAGAUGUUGUACAAAAAUUCUUUGAAUCACUGUUUUCUUGUAACAUAUGUCCAUAUGUCGUAUUAGAUGGUGGAUGUGACAUUUCAGAUAAAAAGCUUACAACUUUAAAGGAUCGAGCUAGGGAGAAGAUCCAGAUGGCGCAUUCUCUUUCUGUUGGUGGUGGUGGGUAUGUGUGUCCCUUACUCAUCCGGGAAGUGUUCAUACAGGUUUUGAUCAAGCUGCGGGUACGUUUUGUUCAGUGCUUUUCAGAAGCAGAUCGGGACAUUAUGACACUGGCUAAUCAUUGGAAUUGCCCCGUGUUAUCGUCGGAUAGUGACUUUUGCAUUUUUGACCUAAAAACUGGGUUUUGCCCACUGAAUAGCUUUCAGUGGAGAAACAUGAACACUAUUAAGGGCACAAAAGACUACUAUAUCCCUACCAAAUGCUUUUCCCUUGAUGCACUCUGCCGUUACUUCAGCAAUAUGAAUAAAGCUCUACUACCUCUCUUUGCGGUACUAUGCGGAAAUGACCAUAUUAACCUGCCCAUCAUGGAGACAUUCUUAAGUAAAGUACGUCUGUCUUUUGGAGCUGCCAGUUCUAAGGGAAGGAGACACCACCGAGUUCUGGGACUUCUGAAUUGGUUGUCUCAUUUUGCUGACCCCACUGAAGCACUAAAUAAUGUUCUGAAAUAUCUUCCCCAAAAGGAUCGAGAAAAUAUUAAGGAACUUCUCUGCUGUUCCAUGGAAGAAUACCAGCAGUCCCAGGUGAAGCUGCAGGAUUUCUUCCAGUGUGGUACUUAUGUCUGUCUGGAUGCCUUGAAUCUGGGUUUACCGGAAUGGAUCCUAGUGGCUUUGGCCAAAGGCCAGCUCUCUCCUUUCAUCAGUGAUGCUUUGGUGCUUAGACGGACAUUUCUUCACACACAAGUGGAAAACAUGCAGCAGCCAAAUGCUCACAGAAUAGCUUUGCCCAUCCGGCAAAUCAUCUAUGGGCUUCUUUUGAAUGUUUCUCCACAUCUGGAAAACAUGUCCUGGAGUGCAUUGUCUGCUCAGCCUCUAGCUUUCAGCGAAGUGGAAAGGAUUAAUAAAAAUAUCAAAACAUCAAUUGUCGAGGCAGUAGAACUGCCCAAGGAUCCUUUCAACUUAAGCAAGUUGACUGAGCUCUCCUUGGCUAGUCGGCAAUUACUUCUGCUAGAAACGCUGAAGGUGAAACAGACCAUCCUGGACCCAGUCCCUACUCUGUUGAAAUUGCCCAUUGCUGUCAGUUGCUACUGGUUGCAGCACACAGGGGCCAAGGCAAAGCUACAUCAUCUACAAGCCUUACUGCUGGGGAUGCUGAUGGGGCCAUUGCAUGCCAUAAUCAACAGCCCUGAUACGGAAGGUAUGCGGAAAGAUGGUGCUAAGAUGCUGUAUGCAGAGUUCCAAAGAAUGAAGGAGCAGACGCGGCCGGGCGCAAGACUGGAUUUAGACACGGCUCACAUCUUCUGUCAGUGGCAGUGCUGUCUGCAGAUGGGGAUGUAUCUCAAUCAGCUGCUGUCCUCUCCUCUCCCAGAGCCAGACCUAACUCGUCUGUAUAGUGGAAGCCUGAUGCAUGGACUAUGCCGACACCUUCUAACAUCAACCUCUGUAGAAAGUCUCCUGAGCAUGUGUCCUGAGGCAAAGCAACUUUAUGAGCAUCUGUUUAGUGCCACGAAGUCCUGUGCCCCUGCUGAAUUAUUCCUAUCAAAGAGUAAAUCAAAUUCCAAAAAAAGAAGGCAAAAGAAACAAGGUUCCAGCCGGUCAAAGAACAGAGUGGGAACCCUCUCAGAUGCUAGAUGUUGGUAUGAGUUAAGCAAUCGGUUUGGGCUAUUAAUGGUUGAAAACAUGGAGGAACAUACUGAGGCCUCAGAGCUUGAAUAAACUCAGUCUACAACCAGAUGUAUAAUUCUUCCUUAAAAUUUUUGUUACCUCCCUUAAAAUGAUUAACUUUUUUCUUUGGAACUAACCUGUUAGGGGUUAAACACUGCAGUAGGUAAUCUUUGAAUUCAAAGAUAUUUUGUAUUCUGCUUUUAAUAAAUACACCCUGAUUUAAGAAACUUCGGUAUUCCUUACACACACUUGAAAGCAUACUUGUACUUCUCAUGUUCCAUUGCAGUAAGUUACUUAUAAUAGUCUAUAACCUUUAAAUUGCAGCAAAUCAGCCAGCCAUGUUUUCAUACCUCAAUUAUUUCCUAUAAGCAGAAGCUGGGUUAUCAUUUCCAAAAAAAUUUUUUUACAACUGUUUCCUCUUCAUUCUCUAUUAUGAAAGGUCUGGGCCUUGGAAGAUGGCAGUUAGGAUGCCAGACAGAAAACUAUUUAUCUUUAGGUACUUAGUAAAUGAGACCAUGGCAGGGUUGAUGAGCACUUUAGUUAUAUUCCAAGUUUUAAAGCAGAAAUUAAAACUCUAAUGGCCCCAACAAAAUGAGAAACAGCAUCCUGAGCUGCUAGAUCAGAGAAGGAAACAACAAGAAAUUAAAAUAUUAGAGAUAUAUGUAGUAAUACCAGAAUUUAGGCCACUUCUUAUACUGCAGGUUUUGACCUAUUAAUGGGAUAUGAAAUUAAUGAGUCAUAACCAGCAUAUUAAAUGGAAAAUAUCAGAUAUGCAUAUCAUAUAUUAGAUGGUUGUGCAAAAUGGAAUUCUUACUAUGGAUUGCAGUCAAAAGACUUUGAAAGAAACUGCUCUGGAACACACUAGAGGCAGCUAAAAUUACAAAUACCAACAGAAUUGUGAAAAGUGCUGGCCAGUUCCAAAUAAAGAACUUGAAAAUAACAAGUGGAAUGAAUACAUUUGGGCAAGAUCUGAAAGUAUAUUUCUGAACCUCAUUUGUAUUCCUACAGAUUUUUUUAAUUAAAUUUAUUAGGGUGACAUUGGUUAAGAAAUAGAAGUUUCAAGUGUUCAAUUCAAUUAAUACAUCAUCUGUAUAUUGCACUGUGUGUUCUUCCUUUCUUCUCUACUCACUGGUAGUAAUGACCCUAAGUAUGGUUUUAAGCUGCUAUUUUGAACAGGCCUAUGUUCAGUUCCUAAAAUCUGGUAAAUAAAUUUCUCCACUUUCUUCGUAGUACCACACUCUUAGAGAAGGAGUAAGCCCAGCAUCAGCCAGUUACACACACAGCACCCAAGUGUUGACUGGCUCUGGCCACUUACAAAAAGCAAAAAUACAAUCUCAUUUGCUCCUAAAGUUUUCAACCCUAAAGACUGACUUGUUUCAAAUAAAAGUUCUUGAAAUAAGGAAUUGUUUAAGACAGAGUGCAUGGGGCUCCUUAGUAAGGAUGUUUUUAAUAUCUCUAAAGAAAUGGUUAUUCUCAGAAAAAUCAAGAACAGAGCAGUCGCGUGCAUCUAUUUUUUGAGAAGCUAUGUAUUUUUCCAGCAAAUAGAGGAUCUAAUGUGGACUAUAAGCACAUUAAGACCUUGUUAUAUCAAAAAUCUCUUUUCCUUGAUUCCUGGAGUUGGGGGUCAAUAUGGAAAUUAUACCAAAAUAAGUGUCCUAUUUCCUGGUUCAUCACUGCUUUUUUAAGCCAUUAACCUUGCAUGGAAAGCUAUUCAUUCCCACUUCUACUCUGACAAAUAACUGGUUUGACAGGCACUAAACUGAAGAGUGUAUGGGCUACAGAGUUUAAAGUCAGUUGAAUUAUAUCAAUCAUCUUCCUUUUUCACUAAGUUUUUUAAACAUAGGGGCCCGCUGAAUAGACUACAAAAUCAGGUUCCCUUCUCUAGCCAUCGCUAUUCAAUAAGGGCCAUUCACUUGAAAUUACGCAGCCUUGCAGUAAAGAAGUUAAAAACAUUUACUCUCUGUGAAAGGUACAAGAGGCAAAGGAAGCACCUGUGUUGAAGCAGAAUCUUAUAAUGUCCCAUAUUCCAUUUGUAAAAUGUUUCCUAUGUUUUCCAUGAAGUCUUUAGGUUUUGCUCUUUCUGAGUUCUAGCUAAUGAAAUCUCACCUGAGGCUUUGGAAAUGUGUGUCUCCCAUAAGUAGUUUUUAAGUAACAAAAGUAACUCUGGAUUGCUAAAAUGAAUUAAUUUUAAAAAUAAAGUUGGAGAAAAACACUAAUA